GUUUCCGUUCCUCUUGUUCUGCCUUUUUCUUUUCGGUCCGCUAUUAGUUGAACGAGGACGUUUCUGCCAUUGCAGAAUUGCCUGAAUUGUGGAUUUUUCGUAGAAAUAAUUUUGAAAAAUGAGUUUAUCUAACGCUAGACCGCUGGUCUCCGUUUAUUCGGAAAAAAAUGAGCAAAUAAAAGAGAAAAACAUAUGUUUGCCUGCUGUAUUUAAAGCACCUAUUCGUCCUGACGUGGUCAACGAUAUUCAUCAGUUGAUGCGUCGCAAUAAACGCCAACCAUAUGCUGUUAGCGAACAAGCCGGUCAUCAAACAUCUGCCGAGUCUUGGGGUACUGGUCGCGCCGUUGCUCGUAUACCCCGUGUUCGUGGUGGUGGUACUCAUCGGUCUGGUCAGGGUGCUUUUGGUAACAUGUGUCGUGGAGGUCGUAUGUUCGCUCCGACCAAAACUUAUCGACGCUGGCACCGCAAAAUUAAUGUAAAUCAACGCCGAUACGCACUGGUUUCAGCUAUUGCCGCCUCUGGUGUACCAGCUUUAGUGCAGUCUAAGGGUCAUAUCAUUGAGGGCGUAUCCGAAUUUCCAUUAGUUGUGUCUGACGAAGUGCAGAAAUUGCAGAAAACCAAGCAAGCUGUUGUGUUUCUUCGACGUAUGAAAAUUUGGGCUGACAUUCAAAAGGUAUACAAAUCGCAACGCUUCCGUGCUGGUCGUGGUACUAUGCGUGAUCGGCGCCGUAUUGCACGCCGUGGACCUUUGAUCAUUUACUUUAAAGAUGAGGGCUUACGUCGUGCCUUCCGCAAUAUCCCUGGUAUUGAAACAAUGUGCGUAGACAAAAUGAAUUUGUUGAAAUUGGCACCGGGCGGACAUGUCGGCCGUUUUGUAAUCUGGACAGAAUCUGCUUUUGCUCGACUCAAUGAGCUCUUUGGUACUUGGAAAUCGCAAUCGACCUUAAAGAAAGGUUACAAUUUGCCUCAACCGAAAAUGGCCAAUACCGAUUUGUCACGCUUCCUUAAAUCGGAAGAAAUACGUAAAGUUUUACGCGAUCCCCGUAAAAAGGUAUUCCGGCGCGUACGUCGUUUGAAUCCAUUGUCGAAUGUGCGUCAACUUAUCAAAUUGAAUCCAUACGCGGAAGUUUUAAGACGUCGUGCCGCUUUGGCCGCUGAAAAACGUGCCAUCGCCAAGACUAUAACUAAAGCAAAGAAGCAAAACGUUGAAUUGGCUAAGUCGCACUUUGCUGUAAUUGCUACCAAGGCUGCUGCUAACCGGGCGAAAAUGUUGAAAAAAGCCUUCGAAGAGCGCAAAAAAAGGAAGACCGUUCCUGUGACUCCCAAAAAGAAGUAAAGUGAAAAAUGUACCCAUUGGCUAAUGACUUCAAGUAAAAAAAAAUGUAUGGAAUACUUUUUUCUGCAUAAGUGAAAUAUAAGAUUAUGGGUAAAAUGAUUUUUUUAUUUUUUAAAUAAACCUUAAAAGUGUUAACUUUUGUACAUAGAACGAGAA